CGUAACCCGCCUAGUAGUUCCGGGCAGAAAAGUGGCGGAGAGAUUACAGGAUACAACGCCGAGCAACGGAGCGGACGAUGUUCAACAAGCCCAAUACCCAACUUAAAAUGACAAUUUAGAGCGCUACCGUGCUUUGCUUCCUAUCCCUCUAAAAUGGACCAUUCCAUUUCCAACAAUUGCGAUCAAAAUGCAUGUUCUUCUUCGACGUGGACUCUCCCCGCCACCGCCACCGCCGCCGUCCCCUCUUCUUCCCCUCCCGAUGAAAUCUCUCUGUUUCUGCAACAAAUGUUGCUACGUUCCUCUUCCGCCGCUCCCCACUCCUCUCUCCUCUUUUCCUCUCCUUCUCCCUCCAUCUUCUCAGAGUUCACCUGCAACAUUAGAGCCUUCACCUCUCCAACCCAUAACAUUUCCCCUCCUUACGGGCUGCCUAAUGCAGUUCCUGAAGAGAUCUCCCCCGUCGAUGCCUCAGAACAAUUUGCAAAUUUCUCAUCUUCCGGUGUAGUACAUGAUCCCUUGCGCUCUUGUCCCACACCCGCUCCACCCAAUGCGUCUUCUAUACAUGUCGGAGCUAGUGAUCACUAUGAAAACGAUGAGUUUGAAUGCGAAAGUGAGGGUCUGGAGGCAUUGGUUGAAGACCUGCCUACAAAGCCCAAUCCUCGCAGUUCUUCCAAGAGAAGCAGAGCCGCCGAAGUUCAUAAUAUGUCUGAAAAGAGAAGAAGGAGCAGAAUUAAUGAGAAAAUGAAGGCCUUGCAAAAUCUGGUCCCCAAUUCUAACAAGACUGACAAGGCCUCGAUGCUGGACGAUGCAAUCGAAUAUCUCAAGCAGCUUCAACUUCAACUUCAGAUGCUGUCGAUGAGACAUGGCUUGAGUUUGCAUCCUAUGAACUUGCCUGGAAGUUUGCAAUAUCUCCAACUUUCCCCCAUGAGAAUGGACUUUGGUGAAGGAAGCAGGUCACUUUCCUCUGACCAAGAGAGACCCAACCAGAUCUUUCUCAGUUUGCCUGACCAAAAGGCUGCCUCCAUCCAUCCUUUCAUGUCAGACAUUGGAAGAACUAACCCACAAACUCCAUUUGAAUUGGCCCCGCCCAUCCAAACUCACCUAGUCCCCUUUUACUUGAGUGGGUCCCCAAAGUCCAAGGAGAUUUGCAGAGAAGCACUGCGAGACCACCAAGUGAAUGCGAUCGGCCAAUCGGAGACAACUCCCUUCCUGUCAUGCCCCAAUAACAUUCCAGCGCCUCCUGAUUUAGAAGAACUACGGAAUGGCGUCUCAUUGGAACCGUGCAUCAUUGAAGAAAAUCGGUCAGCGUCAACACAGGCAAAGCAACUGAAACAACUGAGCUGCAAUGAUCAAGAUUGUUGACACUUUCUGUCGCCUUUAUAUAUUCUUAUUCUCUUCAAAUUAUUCACUUGCAUUUGACAAAUCACUCUGAAAAUGGGAAAAUUUGUUGCAUAGAGCUGGCUAAUUAUGGAGAGGAUCUGCAUAGUUUUCUCUUGUACAAAUCUGACUCAUUUUUCUCCGGCGUUGAUUCGUUUUUCUCAUCCAUCUUUCGGGGUUUAGCCACGUUUCUUGUUUCUAAUUUAUGUAUUGGACUCGGUAUUCCGAUUAGUUAAUGAUACUUUGAUCCCUUGUUU